AUGCCAGCUCUACUGGAAGACCCCUCUACCCGCAUCCCCCCACCUCAAGCACACACCAGCGCCGCAUCAACGAUCCCCCCCACGCCAAACAACUCUCCCGAAAGCAGAAAAUGCCGGCGUUACUUUGUAUCCAAUUACCAAGGGACCGGGCACGCCGAGAUUGAGCGUGGCGCGACGUAUCCAAUGGAACAGGCCAUGGCCCUGGAUCAGUUCCGGGAUUAUUGGUUUGGUACUUUUGCGGUUGUUGCGGUGCUGGAUGAAGAGGGGGCUGCUUUUGGCGAUGGGUUGAGGGAGGGGAGGAAGUGGGAGGAACUUUGCUUGGGGACGUUUUAUAUUAAGCCGAAUUAUCCUGGCCGCUGCUCGCAUAUCUGUAAUGCUGGUUUCAUGACUACCAAUGCAGCUCGCGGUAAGGGUGUUGGACAAGUCAUGGGCGAAACAUAUCUUGAAUUUGCGCCUCAAUUGGGUUACACGUACUCCGUCUUCAACCUGGUCUUCGCUAACAACCCAGCCUCCAUCCGGAUCUGGGAGAAGCUUGGAUUCAACGUAAUUGGACGUGUGCCCAAGGCCGCACGCCUGGCCAACAGUGAAGAACUGGUCGAUGCAUUGAUCUUUGGAAGGGAACUUGGGAAUUGA